AUGAAACAAAUCCUACCACCAACUGCCAAAAUCUGCAAAGAAGCUAAAGAGACAAUUCAAGAAUGUGCAUCAGAGUUUAUAAGUUUUGUUACUGGGGAAGCAUCUGACAAGCGUCACAAGGAGAAUCGAAGGACGUUUAAUGGACAUGACAUCUGUUGGGCUCUCAGUUCAUUAGGUUUUGGCAACUAUGUCGAGGUCAUGUUGAGGUACUUGUAUAAAUUAAGGGAGUUUGAAAGACAAAAGGCAAAUCAGACCAAAGGUUCAAAUGAUGAAGCUACAGAUGAAGCUGCAAGUGAAUCUGAGAAUCAAGAAUGUACCACUACUUAA